UUAAUAUACAAGUUGGUGUUUAUUAUGGUCUAUGCAUAGUAAAUAAAGGCAUUCUAACUUUAAAACCCACCUGCUUGAACCUUAGUUUCUUCAAACCAUUCCACACUUUUGUUGGAUUCGAUUUAACCUGUUGUUUUCUAUGAUUCCCCAUUUCAGCUCAACGUUGGAAGCUCCCGACACAUUGAUUGCUCAAGGAUAUCCAAAGUCCAUUGAUGGUUAAACAUUAAUCAUUGUAAUAAAAUGCUCUACGGAGAAAAGGAAAGAGUUUGACUGAUUCUCAACAGACUCUCCAUUUUAAACUUGCUGUGGCAGCGUUCAGGUGCAUCAUGGGACCUUUGAUCCGGCAAGUCUGUUUGUUAACAUUCCUCAUCUUCUUUAAUGCCUGUUCAUCUGUUGCAGAUAAGCAGCUUGUUGUCCCUCCUGACCCUGUAGUUACCUCUGCUGGUCAUGAUGUCAUCCUUCCCUGUCACCUGUCUCCCCAAACCAGUGCUGUUAACAUGGAUAUCAGGUGGUUUAAGGAAGGACAAUUCGCUAGCCCCCUGUACCUGUAUUUGGGUGGAAAGGUAACAGAGGGGAAAGGCUAUGAGGGUAGAGUGAGUGUGUUCACUCAGGAGUUGGAGAAAGGCAAUAUGUCACUGCUGCUGAAUAAUGUCAUGGCUUCUGAAAGGGGAAGUUACAAAUGCCAAGCCAGCUACAUGGACUGGAUUCAGGAACUGCCUGUUGUACUACAGGUUAAACAGCAGGGCAGUGUCCCCAGGAUCUCCAUGAGGAAGCACCACAGAGUGUUCAUCCAGCUCAGCUGCAGCUCAGAGAACUGGUUCCCAGAGCCUGACAUGUUGUGGACAGACAGCAGUGGGAAGGAGAUCACCUCAGCAGAGACAGAGAGACCCAAACAGAAGGAGGGGAGCAUCCUGUAUUCCAUAACCAGUCACAUGAGAAUAGGGAUGGACAAACUGGAUGGGAUCACCUGUGUAGUGAUGUCACAGAACCAGGAAACCAAGAUGGAGUCUGCGCUGCAGAUGACUGAGGAAUUCUACAUGAGCAGUCUGCCUGACAGGGUGUAUAUCUCUGCAUUUAUGAUUCCUGUGUUUUUGGGACUGCUGUGUAUCACUGCAUCUGUGCUCUCCUUAAUCCAUCAGAGAAGAGUUGUUCGAGAAAAACUGAAGCCUUUGGACGAUAUGAAUACAAAAUUAAAAGCUAUGGAUCAAGAGGUCAUCAAAAAGACAGAGGAACUCACUUAUAAGGAUAAGUUAAUGGGAAUUACUGAAACAAUCCCAGACUCUGUUGGAAAACACAUUGGGAGGGAUUUCCAUACAGAAACCUUCCAGAUAUUUGAUAUAGUUCGUCUGGACUUCCCUCUUCAAUUCAAACCAUGGGUUUUCAAUGGGUUUCAAGUCCGGAGACUGACAUUGUCGUGUGCUUGUCUUGCUGAAAAGUUCACUUGCGGCCAAGUGUCAGCCUCCUGGCAGAGGAAACCAGGUUUUUGGAUAAAAUGUCAUUGUACUGGGUAAAGUUCAUGAUGCUGUUGCACCUUAACAAGGGCCCCAGGACCUUUGGAACAAAAUAACCCAAUAACAUCAAAGAUCCACCAUAUGUUAUAGUAGUUAUGGGGUUAUUUUCUGCUCAUUAAUUCUCUUUUCGACACCAAACCCACCACAGGUGUGCGUGGCCAUAUAGCUCUAUUUUCAUGGAAUCUGAACAAAGCACUGGUUCCAAUCCAAAUGCCAGUGUAGUUUAGCAAACUGCAGUUUUUUUACAUUUUAUGGAUGACAUGAAAAUAGAGCUCUUUGGCCACGUGCACCAGUGGUGGGUUUGGUGUCAAAAUGAGAAUGCAUAAGCAGAAAAGCUUACUUCUUAAAGGGGACUGCAAUUAUUGACACCCUUGAUAAAGAUGAGCAAUAAUAACUGUAUUCAAAAAAUAAUUCAGAUACUGAGCUAUAUUGUACGUUAAAAAAAAUCCUGAAAUUAUAUUAUUUUAUACAGAUACAAUAUCUCAGAGAAAUAGAUUUUGUUGAACAAGUGAUUUACCUUUUUUUUGUCAAAAAGGAAGAGGUCAACAUUUUUGAUAAUUAUUGUUGACACCCAUAAAGAUUCUUAUGAAUAAAGUAGUCGAAUAUUUAGUAUUUGGUGCCAUAUUCCUAGAACGUAAUGAGUACAUCAAGCUUGUGAAUCUACAAACUUGUUGGAUACAUUUUCAAUUCGUUUUGGUUGUGUUUUAGAUUAUUUUGUGCCCAAUAGAAAUGAAUGGUAAAUAAUGUAUCGUGUAAUUUUGGAGUCACUUUUAUUAGAAAUAAGAAUAAAAUGUGCUUUUAUACACUUCUAAUUGUAUUCUUAUAAAAGUGACUCUAAAAUGACACAAUACAUUAUUUGCCAUUCAUUUCUAUUGAGCACAAAAUGAUCUGAAACACAACCAAAACUAAGUGUUUAGAAACAUUUUCUAUUCUUAUUUACAAUCAAAUUGUCUCCAAAAUGACUCUCAUAACCGCAUACUCAUUAUAUCAUUUCAAAUCGAAAGGGUUGGAUUACAGAGCUAAAACAACCAAAAAUGUGUCACUGUUCCAAUACUUUUGUAUAUAUACUUCCAUCAAUUCCUUUUGUUGUCCCC